CCCCCCUCGGCCCCCCUCCAUCUGGGGGAUUUAUUUUAUUCUUUUAUUCCUUUAUUUGGUGGCCGGAGGACCGACGAGGGACCGUCGCCAACUCACGACCAGGAAUUUGUUUGCAAAGCAAUGCCGAAACGCCUUUGACACCAUGACAAUCAUUAGGCAGAGAAAAGGAAUAAAAGUCACUGAAGUUGCUGAAGAGCACCUGAAACAAGAGAAAAAUGUGAAGAGUGAAAAUAAAUUGUCAUGUGUACAACUUUGCACAGGCAGAAGAUUAUGGAAGAUUCUCUCAUUUUCAUUUGGUGGAACAGUUGCACUUUCCCUUGGACUGCUUACUUCCAUCUACCUAGCAACUCUACAUGAGAACGAUUUAUGGUUUUCAAACAUUAAGGAAGUGGAGAGAGAAAUCUCAUUCAGAACAGAAUGUGGACUGUAUUACUCCUACUACAAGCAAAUGUUACAGGCUCCAACCAUUAAGCAAGGUUUUCACGGAUUAAUGUAUGACAAUAAAACAGAAUCCAUGAGGACGAUUAACAUCCUUGAGCGUAUGAAUGUUUAUCAGGAGGUGUUUCUCAGUGUUUUAUACAGAGUUCUACCUAUCCAGAAAUACUUGGAGCCUGUUUAUUUUUAUAUCUACACUUUGUUUGGACUCCAGGCUGUCUAUGUCACAGCUCUUUAUGUAACCAGCUGGCUUCUUAGUGGAACGUGGGUAUCAGGAUUAUUAGCAGCCCUCUGGUAUGUUACAAAUCGAAUAGAUACCACAAGAGUUGAGUUCACCAUUCCACUGAGAGAGAAUUGGGCAUUGCCAUUUUUUGCUGUUCAGAUAGCAGCGAUUACGUUUUUACUGAGACCACGGUUGCAACCUCUUUAUGAAAGACUGACGCUUCUUGCAGUAUUCAUAUCCACAUUUCUCUUUAGCUUGACGUGGCAAUUUAAUCAAUUUAUGAUGCUGAUGCAAGCAUUGGUGUUGUUCAUCCUGGACUGCCUUGACAUACUUCCUACAGCAAAGGUUACAUGGCUUUACAUUAUACAAGUGGCUGGUUUACUCCUGGUGUGCAUAUUUCAAUUUUUUAAUGCCAUGAUUCUCGGGUCAUUGCUAAUAAGUUUUAAUCUUUCCGUGCUGAUAGCAAAAAAGUUUCAGAAAAAUCUGAAAACAGGCAGUUUUUGGGAUCGACUUGGAAAACUUUUGCUCCACUUGCUUCUGGUAUUAAGUUUGACACUCUUUGUCAAUAAUUUUAUUAAGAAAAUUCUUAAUCUUCAAUCAGAUGAACACAUAUUUAAGUUCCUCAAGGCAAAAUUUGGAUUUGGAGCAACAAGAGAUUUCGAUGCGAAUCUGUACCUGUGUGAAGAAGCUUUUGGGCUGCUGCCAUUAAAUACCUUCGAAAGACUGUCAGAUACUCUACUUUUUUAUGCUUACCUUUUUGUCCUCUCCAUUAUGAUGAUAGCAACUGCAGUUGUUGCUUUUCAGAAUCUCAGUGAUUCCUCCGUGGAACGAUCCGUCGAUAAAAUUGGAAAGUGCACAAUCGUACUGAAGCCUGGAACUGCCUAUAACUUAAUUCACACCAUUCUGUUUGGGUGCUUGGCUUUCAGUACAAUGAGAAUGAAAUACCUUUGGACAUCACAUAUGUGUGUGUUCGCUUCGUUUGGAUUAUGCAGCAGUGAAGUUUGGGAAUUCGUUCUGAAGUUGGUCCAUCUCUACACACCUAAGAGGAUGAAAGUGAUGAGAUAUUCAGUGCCAUUAUUGAUACUGCUCUAUCUUUGCUAUAAGUUUUGGCCAGGAAUAAUGGAUGAGCUGUCAGAGUUGCGAGAAUUCUACGACCCAGAUACGGUGGAGCUCAUGGACUGGAUAAAGUCAAAUACUCCGAGGAAAGCUGUAUUUGCUGGCAGCAUGCAGCUAUUAGCAGGAGUCAAGCUGUGUACGGGGAGGAUCUUAACCAACCAUCCGCAUUAUGAGGAUAAAGGCCUAAGAGAAAGAACGAAAGAGGUUUAUCAGAUAUACGCCAAGAGAGCCCCCGAAGAAGUUCACAGCCUGCUGAGGUCCUUUGGCACAGACUAUGUGAUCUUGGAAGACAGCAUCUGCUACGAAAGAAGACAUAGCAGAGGUUGCCGCCUUCGGGACUUGCUGGACAUAGCCAAUGGACAUGUAAUGGAUGGUCCAGGUGAGAAUGAACCCGAUUUGAAACCUUCAAUGCACCCUCGCUUCUGCGAAGAAAUCAAAAGGAACCUGCCGUCCUACUCUGCGCAUUUCAUCCGAGUGUUUCAGAACAAAACAUUCCACGUCUACAAGCUGUCCAGACACAAGUGAUGGUACUUCCCAGCAACUGCGGAUUCUGAUGCAGGUGAAAUUCCUUUAUAACGAGCCUGUUAAAAAAAACAGUCUCUGGGUAACAAGAUGACACUGAGCUCUAAUGGGCUGCUUUCCACUGUUCCAAUACGACCUAGUACCAACUAUGGGAAGGCUCGUUCAAACUGAAUUUCACCAGCAGUAUAAUGCUGUGACAACCUUAGCAACUGCUAAGUCAGUUUACAAAAGUAUUAACAUUUUAACAGGAUUUCGCUUAAAUUGAAUUCCUUUUUUCUCAUCUGUAAUUCUCCGUUGGCAUUCAUCAGUCAGCUUGGGAACGGCAGUUUCUGUCAAGGACCCAGAGCCUGCUGGUUUGAGGGGAACGCAUGUUCAGCCCGAAGCAGUUUGGGCAGGAUUAAUCAGAGUUCAGGCUCUGGGAUGCUUCUGUCUGUUGAGGUGGAAGCGAGUGGCCUUUCAACUGUCCUAUUUUCCUUCCCUUUUAACUCUGAAUAGUUCUGUAUUAGGUAUUUCUUGAGACAUUUCCAUUGAAAUCUGUUUAUAAGGGUAAGCACUUUGGUAAGGUUAUCUUGAGUUAAAAGCAGAGUUUUCAAACACUGGAGCGUAAAGAUUACAACUGAAGAAUGUGUAGUCCUUAGAAUGGCCAAAAAAAAAAAAAAUCGUUUGGUUUCAUAGCGAAUUUAGAUGGAAUUGCUUUGGCUCUUUUUAGUCAUUUUGAAUUUUUUUUAUUCUGUUUCUAGCUUUUGUAUUUUCCUUCGUAGAAAUUUGCAAAUUCUGGCUCCAACUCACUCACUGUUAGGGUGUUUUUAGGACAAACCUUCCGGCUUCCUACCAACUUUGACUUGCGCGGUCUCCAAUCUCAGCGAGGUGCCCGCCCGUGGGUCCUCAGUCUUGGGAAGAGCUCAGAGUUAGCGAAGGUCCAACAUAGAACCGAAACGCUCAUGAACACGUCUAAAGCGCUGCAUGAACAAAACCUAUUCAAAGACUUCCUGAUGAUAAGUACUGUUACAGUAAAUUUCGAAUGAUGGGACAAUUUCAAAGCAUAUGGUGCUUUUAAUUAAUUGGAGAUGGGUAAUGAGAUUAAGUUUCACCCCUGCGCUGCACUCCAAUUACCAGUGAUUUAACUGCUUUCCCCUUGAAGUUGCGCUGAGAUAGAAUUACCAAGGGGAGUGAAAUGAAUAUGUCACCCAUUCAAAUAAUUGUAUAUUCCAUAAAUACUCAUUAAGAAGAACUCCAAAUCUGCCUGCCCCUUCAUGUUGAACACAAAAAGGAAAGUGAGCUUUUAUCAAAACUUACUUAAAUCAAACGUUGGCUGCGGUUGGGCUAUUAAAUUGCAACUCCUGCGCCAUUUCUCUCUUCCGUCCCUUAAUGAGGUUGGAGACCACUACAGUUUAACACGACAAUAAUAAAACAUCCUAAUCAGUAUUAAAACUUUAAUUAAGCCAGUAAUGAUGCAUGGCUGUUUCAGCUGACAGCAUGGGUCAGUACCUCCUUUAGAGAGUGCCUUACAAUAAUUGAAAUCAAGCACACGUAAGGUACGUGAUGGUAGGAAUAUGCUGGUUUCUUUUUAAUUUUGUGUCUUUUGCGGUUACUUCCUGAAAAUUCACUUUUUAGUAUUCCACUUCGGGUUGUAGAUACCAGGCUGGAAAAUUGUAUGCAGAUCUUGAUGUGAGACAUUUAAAACAUAGCUGGUGUAGAAUGUUCUUUCCUAAAUGACAGUAAUGUUGCCAAAACAUUCAGUGUAGUUCCACAACGUUCAUGAACAAGAUGAAGUGCCAAAAAUUUUGCUAGAGCCCGUAAACUCCCACCCUGAGGGAUUUUUGCUCAUUUAUAUCUACUAAAAACACUGUGACCAUGUACAGUAGAACUUUUUACUUUUUACACACCAAAUCCCUUACAGGAUCAUAUUGGGCAUGCGGGGUGUAGAGGUUAGCAUUUGCAGAGACUCACAGAGCUUGGCUGAUGGGCAGGAGGAGGAACUAGAGAAAUCAAGUCCUGGUUUCUGUUUCCAUCCUUGCCCCUGGCCUGGGGCAAGUCCCUCAAGUACUGUAGGCAACAAUCCCUCCUCCUAAAGACAGCAUGAGGCUUUCGGAAUGUUUCUGGGAAUCCUUAAAAUGGCAAGAGGCUUUUGUGCACAGGUCGAUUUCCUGAUUUUGCACCCUUUUGUAGCACGUUUUCUUAAAAAAAAAAUCCUGGCUCAUUUCAGCAUUUCUUCCUGGAGCACCUUCGUGCUGGCAGUGAACAAGGUAGGAACGGAGCCCUUAACGGGCCCCUAAAAAAAAGUGACCCUACUGUUCAUGAGAACAGUUAGACGUCUUACCACCUUCUUACACAAUUUCAGGUCAGUGCGCACAAUUUUUCCCUUUCAAAUCUGGAAUGUUCCUCUAUCCCAUGUAGGACAGGGACCGUGUCCAACCUAGUUAUCUUGUAUCUAUACAGUCAGUGCUUGGCACAUAGUAAGUGUUUAACAAAUGCCGCAAGUAUUAUUGGUAUUUUUCAGAAAGAUGUCAACUGCAACUUAUUUCUAUUCCCAGUUUACCUGAAUAGACUGACAUAGAAAUAGUUUGGACUUCCCAGGAGGUGAACAGGAACCCAAAUUUCCCCGUCUUAUUAACCAUGCCCCUAGUUUACCUGCAGCACAACCUUUAGGCCAGGGAGACCUCAGCAUCCGUCUGGUCACGGAGAGCGUUUUCUCGGUGAGAGGGGAGCCCGUCAGCUGUCCGAAGGCCGAUGGUUUUCUGGUUUCAGCAUCCUAUGGGUGAGAUCUUAUAGAAAACUAUUUUAUAAUUUGUUGUACUGAACCAUGUGAAUAUUGUAUACUAAAUAAAGUCAUGUCCUUUGGAAAUCA